AUGUCAGGCAACUACAGGAGAAACGCAGGCAGCAGCGGAUACAAAGACAGGAGCAGGAGCAGGAGUCCUGACAGAAGCAGAGCCAGAGAAAGCGGCGAUCGUUACUCCUCCGGUCGACAUGGUCGCGAUUACCGUGAUGGUCGUGACGGCCGUGACGGAAGAGACGGCCGAGCCCCCGACAGCCGUGACAGUCGUAAUGGUGGCCGGGACUCUUACCGCGACGCCCGCUUCUCUUCCCGAGACAACCAUACCAACGGCUCCGGCAAAGACAGAGACCAAUCGCCUCCUUCGAGAACGGACUCUAACAGAGGAACGCCAAUGGAUGUGGACUCGCCUUCUGCAACACCGGCAAGAAAAGUCCCUAUCUCGCUCGAGGAACUCAUCAAGCAAAAGGAACAGGAGAAACAGGCACUUGAGAAGCCAAAAUUCAUGACGAAGGAGCAGCGUGCGGAAUUGGCGAUCCAGAAGCGCCAAAGGGAGGUGGAAGCGCAGCGACAGGCACAGGAUCUCGAGCGUCAGCAAAGAGCAGAGUUUGACGCCAAGGCCAGAGCUGAGGUCCACGAUAAUAACCGUUAUGGCUAUGACAGUCGGAUCAACAGUCGUGAUCGUGACAGGAACGAACGGGAAAAGGCCAGACGGGACGGAAACAAGGACACAGCCAACGGGGAUUCACCCUCGGGGGUUGUUCUUGCUGACAAGGAGAUCGAAAUGGUCAAAAAACACUACAUGGGAAUCGAUGACAAGGAGAGAAAGGUCCGGAAGCGCAGUGACAAGAAAUUUGUCUUUGAUUGGAAUGCGGAUGACGAUACUUCUCGUGACUUGAACCCACUCUAUACUCACAGACACAGCGCCCAAUUGUUUGGUCGUGGCAGUUUUGCAGGUAUCGAUCUCAAGGAUACUAAGAGCAAGGACAAGUUCUACGACAAGCUUAUAGCCAACCGCCGAACGGACGCCGAGGUGGCCCGUGCAGGUGAACUCGGAGAUAUGGCAGUGCAAAAGGAACGCAAGAUCAACUAUGCGGAUCGCCACUGGACCGAGAAGCCAUUGGAUCAAAUGCGCGAGAGAGAUUGGCGUAUCUUCAAAGAGGACUUCAACAUCUCUUGCAAAGGUGGCAGCAUACCUAACCCGAUCCGCAAGUGGGAGGAAUCGAUCAUCGGCCCUCGUAUUCUUUCUGUCAUUGAAAAGGUCGGAUACAAGGAACCCUCGCCUAUUCAGCGUCAGGCCAUCCCUAUCGGUCUUCAGAAUCGUGAUAUUAUUGGUAUCGCCGAGACAGGUUCCGGUAAGACUGCGUCGUUCUUGAUCCCUAUGCUGCAGUUUAUCUCGGAACUUCCCAAACUCAAUGAGCAGAACAUGGGAGACGGUCCAUAUGCCCUCAUUUUGGCUCCUACGCGUGAGUUGGCCCAGCAGAUCGAACAGGAGACUCUCAAGUUUGCCGUGCCUCUCAACUUUCACUGUGUGUCGAUUGUCGGAGGCCACGCUAUGGAGGAGCAGGCGUUUAACAUGAGGAAUGGAGCUGAGAUUGUUAUCGCCACUCCUGGUCGUCUCAAGGAUUGUUUGGAUAGGCGCAUGUUGGUUCUGAACCAGUGUACUUACGUUGUCAUGGACGAGGCUGACAGGAUGAUCGAUAUGGGUUUUGAGGCAGACGUCAACUCUAUUCUGGACGCCCUUCCUCUGUCGAACUUGAAGCCCGAUACCGACGAGGCUGAGGAUGCAAGCAAGAUGACGAUGUCUAUCGACAACGACACUCACAGGAAGUACCGCCAAACAACCAUGUUCUCGGCUACCAUGCCCGCCGCCGUCGAGCGCCUUGCCAAGAGGUACCUCCGCCGCCCCGCUGUUGUUACUAUUGGUACCGCUGGUCAGGCCGUCGAGACUGUCGAGCAGCGCGUCGAGAUGAUUACCGACGAAAACAAGAAGAGGAGCCGCAUGAUGGAUUUGUUGAAGGGAUCGUUUGCUCCUCCGGUGAUCGUGUUUGUGAACCAGAAGAAGGGAUGCGAUACUCUGGCCAAGAUGAUCAAUGGUGCGGGUCUUCGUGCGGUGACUCUUCACGGAGGCAAGUCUCAAGAGCAGCGUGAGUUGUCGCUAUCGCAGCUCAAGAACGGCAAGGCCGAUGUCCUUGUGGCGACAGAUGUCGCUGGUCGUGGUAUCGAUGUGCAGAACGUCUCGCUGGUCCUCAACUUUGACAUGGCCAAGAACAUUGAGGACUACACCCAUCGUAUCGGUCGUACCGGUCGUGCAGGACGUUCGGGAGUUGCUGUCACGUUCUUGUCGAGCUACGAUACCGAUGUCUACUAUGAUCUCAAGCAGAUGUUGACCAAGUCUACCCUCGCCACCGUCCCUGCCGAGCUCCGGAAUCACGAGGCUGCCAUGACCAAGGGCGGCGUUGGCGGUCGUCGCCGCGGUGGAGGAGGCAACGAGGAGUUUUAA